UCUUGUCAUUAAUAUGGAUAAUAUAGAUUCAGCUGAGAAGAAUUAUAGUGUGACUGUUUCAAGAUCAUCAGUUAGCCAUAGAUCAUCAGGAUUGCCUCCUUCCCCUUCAUCCAGGAUUCCAUUUUCCCUGUCAAGGCCUGUUUCAUCCUUGAGAUGUCCCAAGGAGAACAUUUCCACUCCAGGCAGUAACAGGAAAUACGGUUCUAUCUCAAAGGAGAACAAGAAAUCAGUUCCAACAUUUCCAAAAUCGUUGCACAUGUCGGUCAAUCUUACUCAAUUUCAGAGUGGAGGGGCCAAUCCAAAAGCUAAAAUGUCACCUGUUCAUGAGAAGGCCAAGGAAACAAAAGCUACUGUGAAUUCAGCAAAGCCAUCUCCAGAUCUCUCAUGUCAUCAUAGGACACCAUAUAAGGUAUCUUUGGAUGGAGUGCCAAGUGUAAACUCGGUUAUCAUACAAUCAGAAAAGAAGAGGAAUUCAAACAAUACAGGCAGUAGAACUUGCAGAGAGACUGCAUCAUUUUCUCAUACAACUAGAACUGGUGGAAGCAUAGAACUAAAAAAGGAGAAAUCAUUUGAAUCGAAGAAAUUGCAUCAAAGCUAUCAUUUUAAAGCUAGGUCAUUGCCAGAAUUCUAUCGAAAUGCUGAACCAAAUAAGACGGAAAGGACAGAGAAAAUAGCUGAAAGUGAACAAAAUAAAUUGCAGCACACCCAUUGUUUCAAAGCCAGACCAUUGCCAGAAUUCUAUCAUAAUAUUAAUCCCACAAAGUCUGGGGUGAAGAUUUCAUUGGAAAAACCUCAUUCCUGAGCUUGCAAGGAUCACUAAGUCAGAAGCCAGCUCAUAUCAGAACUCUCUUUUGAACUAUAAAACUUUUUAAUAUCAAUGGUCCUACAAAUGAUAAACCUUACCGUAAAAUGUGCUACUAAACAAUUCCAAUCAAAAGAGAGCAUAUCUGUGCUAUCUGACAUCUGAGUAUAUUAAAAGUUUGACUUCUAACUUUGUUCAUCGUUAUGAAACAUGCAGCCUAUUUAGUAGAAUGAUUAUGGAAGCUUAUCAUGAAGUCUCGCAAUGUGGCUCCAUUUAUCAUAUACUCGCAAAACCUGCAAUGGGAUUUUGUGUUCAGCAGAUAUGACACAGAAUUCUCUUUUAUGACCAAUUUGAGGCCAGUCAUACAGAUUACCCAUUGCAUUUAGUGAGACAGCAUCUUUAUGUCUUAGUUUGGGUUUGUUCAUGGAAGAUAAAAGAAUCACACUAUGUAAUAUGCUA